AUGACAAGAGGACCGAUUAUAUUGUUUGAAGGCCUAGAUCGAACAGGAAAGUCUACACAGACGGAAAGCUUGGUGGACGCCCUGCGUCGGGUCGGUAUCGGCGCCGAACUUUUUAGGUUCCCCAACCGUGAGACUGGACUUGGCAAAAUGAUCAACGCAUAUCUCACUGGGGGGUCUUUGAAUGACGAGACAGCUCAUCUUUUAUUUUCUGCUAAUCGCUGGGAGUGCAAAGAUGCCCUGGUGGCAUCUAGUGAGGCCGGAAAUGCUGUAGUUAUCGACCGCUACAUCUUCAGUGGAGUCGCAUAUUCCGCAGCGAAGGGACUGGAGCGUGAGUGGUGUGUUUCGCCGGAUCUCGGGCUUCCCAGUCCUGACAUCGUGAUUUUUUUCAAGUUCAAAGAUACGGCAAAAGCGACAGAACGGGGCCAGUAUGGAGAAGAGAGAUACGAGAAGGUCGAAUUCCAAAAGCUGGUGAGACAUGAGUUUGAGAAGUUCGAGGAAGAAAGCUCCGGUAGUUGGAAUGUGGUAUACGUUGACGAUAAGCCGAUAGCGGAGGUGGCAGAAGAGGUUUGGCAAAUUGUGGGUAGUGUUUGUGAAAAGGGUAUUGAGGAUGAGAUUAGACCUUUUCAAUGGGAGUUCAAAAAGUAA